UGGGCAGUGUGAACCAAUCAGAAGGCAAAGGAGUCCGGCUCUAUUCCACAUACUUCCGGUAUCUGGUGCUCUGUGGGCUAGGAAUUUCCCAUAGGUGUAACUUCACAAUGAAUUAGAGAGCAGCGGGUCUCCUCCGAUUUCUUUGCCCCCUACUACUGACUUCUCCUGACAGAUUGGCCAUGACUUCCACAAAACAAAAGACAUCAAGGAGCAAAGAUGAUGCCCCACACGAACUAGAGAGCCAGUUUAUCCUGCGACUCCCACAGGAAUAUGCCUCAACAGUUAGGAGGAUGGUCCAGUCUGGGAGUGUAAAUACAAAAGACAGACUUUCUGUUGAGUUGCAUCCUGAUGGACGUCAUGGAAUUGUACGUGUUGACCGUGUACCACUGGCUGCAAAACUCGUUGAUAUUCCCUGUGUAGUGGAGUGUUUAAAAACUAUUGACAAAAAGACUUGCUACAAGACUGCCGACAUCUGUCAGAUGUUGGUAUGUACCCUUGAUGGAGACCUCUAUCCACCUCUUGAAGAGCCAACUGGGACUAGUGACCCAAAAGCCAGCAAGAAGAAGGACAGGGACAGAGAAAAGAAAUUUAUUUGGAACCAUGGAAUUACACCACCUCUAAAGAAUGUGCGAAAGAGACGGUUCAGGAAAACUGCAAAGAAGAAGUAUAUUGAGUCCCCAGAUGUGGAGAAGGAGGUGAAACGGCUUCUGAGCACAGAUGCUGAGGCAGUUAGUGUGCGAUGGGAAGUGAUAGCUGAGGAUGAAUCAAAAGAAGCUGAGAAUCUGACUGGGUUGGAUGUUUCCCCAGGGAUGUCUGGGAUCAAACAGGGUCGUGGUUCUUCAGCAGUGGAGAGGGAAGAAUUGCGUCAGAUCUUUAAUGACAUCAGUAGUAGCAGUGAUGGAGAAGAAGAGGAGGGAGAACGCCAGGAAGAAGAAGAUCUUAAUAUCAUGGAGACUGAGGAGGAGCAGAGGGCAGGACAGGAUGGUCAAAAGGGAGGCACUAACCAGAUUGUUCUGGAGAUGCAGAAACAGCUGGAAAAUUUACAAAAGAAACUGCGAGAGACACAGGAAAGAAGAAAAAGACAAGAAGAGCUUAUAAUGAAGGUUGAAAAUGUAGCACUGAAGACUCGCUUACAAGCUGUGUUGGAUGAGUUUAGGCAGCAGGAGGAAAGAGAAAAGCAACAGCUGACAUCCCUGCAGGAGCAGCUCGAGACUCUAAUAGAGAAAUAAAGAGGUUCCGAUGUGGUUUCCUUGAUAUUUAUGACUUGGCCUCCCUGCUGUAGAUGUACUGCUUUUUACCACAUCCUCCAGAAUGUUCACUUUCAGAGGAAAUCCUUCCAUUUAGGAAACAAUGAGGACUGGGUCUCCCUUAAUUUUGUUUGUGCUGAAAAUUAUACAUCCAAACAGAUAUUUUACUUUAGGCCAUUCGAACGUGACUGCUUGAGGAUGUUUAGAUCCUGUAAUGGUUUGUGCUGUGACUAAAUGCCUGCUGUACAAUACAGAAAGUCCAAAUAAGCAAAAGAACCUUACAUGUAUGAUUUUUUUUCGUUUUUACUGGAAUGUUCAAGGUGCAAGGAUUAUAACCCCAGUAUUCAUAAUUUAACCUAUUUGCCUGCUGUUUGUUUCCAGUCCAACAGUGCGUUACACUAUGGGGCACAUUUACUAAUCCACGAACGUCCGAAUGCGUUUCGUCGCCGUCGCGACUUUUUCGCGAAUUGUCGCGACUUUUUCGUCACCGUCGUGAAAAAAUCGGAUUGGUUUUUCCGCUGUUUACAAUUGCUCAAUAAGAAAAAUUGCAACGGCGACGAAAAAGUAGCACAAAAUACGAUAAAGUCGUGACGGCGACGAAAAAAUCGUGCAAAAUACGAAAAAAACGCGACGGCGACGAAAAAGGUGCAAAAUUUUCAUUUACAAUCCGAUUUUUUCCCAUUCAGGAUUCGGAUUCGUGGAUUAGUAAAUGCGCCCCUAUGAGUAUACAAGUAUACAAGUAUCCGUUUUGCUGGGAUUUUUCUGGAGAAAACAUUAGAAUUUUGCCUUUGUUAUCUAACAGCUGUUUUCUUUAAUAUGGAAGAUUUUGAUGCCUACAAACAACUAUGGUCAGAUUGUGAACCCAAAUGUUUGAGUUAGAGCCCAUUGUGAACUAAGCACAUUUACGAAUGGCUUGUUCGUAACAUUAGUGUUAAGGCAGUGUCACUUUGCUUUUUUUUUUUAAAAAAAAAAAAAAAGAAUAUUGGCAGCUACAGAUGAACUGUAAAUGAUUAUUUUACACUUUGUCAUGUCUGUUUUUCUCCACCUAUUAUUCCAUCCAAAUAAAAGUCUUUGUUACCCAUAA